AUGUUGUUCUUCAUUGUUUUCUCCCUUCUCUUUGCUGGUCUUCAAGGUAACAAGUGGUCUUGAAUUUCCAAUCUUUAUCUUAUUUCAGCAAACUUCCUCGAAGAUAUCGGUCAAUUCUUCAAGCCCGCUCAUCUCAGUGACAAAGAAUUGGCCACUCUGGGACUGAGCUUGUUCUCCGCUCAAUGGAAGGAGCAUGGCAAAGCGUUCUCUUCUGAUUUCCCUCAAGCAAAUGUUGUGACCAAGUUUAUUGAUCAAAUCUCAGCGCCUUUGCAAUUCGCCAGCUUUGUGGUUUGUCCUCAAUGCAACUCGCAUGUCGCUGAUAUUCAAAAGGCCAUCAAAGAGAACGAGGAUAUCCCCAGAUGGCUCGUUGAGAUUGCGGUAAGUAGAAGAUAAUAUGUUCUUACUAUUCAAUGAAGAAGUGUCGACAUCUCUUAACUAUAUAAGUUUCCUUGCAGCUCCCAUUGACAGUCUGUCCAGCUUUCUACGCCGUUGACGCGCAGCUUGUCCCAGUAUGUUUGAUUGCCGGAUUUGGCGGUGCUGUCUUUCUGACUCACGCCGAACCUUCAACUGUUUGCUCGGCUCUCCCUAUGUGUAGCAGAAGAAAAUGA